GUACCCUCCCUCACGGCCCGUAGAAGCGCACGCUCAACCGCGCUCGUCCGUACAUGCAUCAUCCCACGAUGCUGGUACGGACGGUUGCUUUCCUCUUCUGCAUCCUCGCAUGCCAUGCAGGGCCACUAUCUUCUUCUGGAAGCUUCCACACGGGACAAUCACGUCAAGCAGCGACGCAAGAUUUGGCUCGAUGGUCCGAUGCCGGAUUUCAGCUGGUCGCCAACGUAUCCUGCGCGUUCUUUGCCAGCGAAAAAGAGUGCAGCCUGAUACAGGCCAUGGGAAAGAGUGACAUAGUUUUCUAUGCUGCUCUCGAGGAAGACAUGCGGUAUUCCGUAGUGCUGCCCGACGAAGCCCUGACGCACGCCGGAGAACACGACGCGGUUCUGGUCUUCGAUCCCUUUCCAUACGCGGCCUUCGGACAUCUGGUGGUAGUGUUCUUCUUGGAUUUGGGUUGGACACAGUUGCAGUGCCAAGUGAAUGGCGGAUACUAUAUCCGAGAAGGCGAAUGUCUGUCGCUGGCACUCAAGAGCCGCUGUCACAAUCUGCUCGAAGGCCAUCACCGUCCACGAAACGCAAAGCGCCUUGUUCGCCGAUGUGAGAUGCGAUUCUUGCCACUAGUGCAUCCAGCACACGAAGAGCCACACCGGUCCAGGCAGCAAUUGAGGUGCAGAGACGAGAUACCCGGUUUUGCCCCGUGCCCGGUACUUCAUCCUUUAAACGAAACGGAAUUCUUGAUGUGCAAUCCUGUGAAGGUGAACACGCAGCGGUGCUCACCGAUGCAAGACGCAGUGCAGACUCAGUGUCGGUUAUUCGAGACCUGCGACCAGGCCGUUCUACUGUCUGGAGGCUGGGAUAGGCUCACCUCGCCUGCCACCGGAAGUAUAGAAGACCUGAAGAGUGUUUACGACACGCUAACCAGAUACGGUUUCAGAAGGAACAACAUCAAAGUCUUUUACGCCAACGGAGCUCAAGGAAAAUACGUGACGGGCGACGAAAACCAAGUACUGUACCCAUCAGCACUGAAACUGACUUUCCGAUACCAUCUUCAGCGCAUGUGUCAAUCCAGCCGGUGCGUCGACUCGCUUUUCCUGUACCUCAACAGCCCCGUUCUGCUGGACGGCUCCUCCCUUCUCUGGGACGUGGACGGCAAUGGUCAGGCCGACGAAGAAGAGACAUAUACAAUAAAGGAGCUACUUUUCGACCUGAAGAACUGUUCUGCACGUCAAGUCAUCCUUCUAGCAGACCAGAACUUCUCUGGAGAGCUUGCCAAAGCGUUUGCCAGGUCCAAAUCCCACAACAACGUGAUAUUCUUUGGAAGCACACAGAAGGACGAGUACGCCUGGAGAUCGGAGCUCACACGGCAUUGGACGUCUUCUGAGCACGCGACCACGUGCCUGAGGGAGAUACAACAGGCGGCGGCAAAGGCUGUGACGCAUUCAACGCCAGUCACUUACGAUGGCUCACAAGGAAGCAUUCGUAAGACCCUGUUCGGAGCCCCCUGCGAUGUGAUUCCGCCCUACUCAAAACAAGAACUUGAGGACCUCCACUUCGGCUGCCAAAAUGUACCGCCCAGCCUCUGGAGGGCAAGGACUGCGCCUCUGAUGAGCAGGCCUUGAGACAGACCGCACACAUCUCAUGUGUUACUGAGAGAGAGAGUUUGGUCCUGGUCCGUGGGUCAAGUGCAUGGCGAGAAGAGCAGGCCGCUUCCAACACACUGGAAGAUGAGGACGGACGCUUAGCGAAGGAUAGAACCGUUGAUGGCGGGUUUGUCAAGGAUACGGGAAAGCGGACACCAGAAGCAGAGUGUGUGAGCAGUUAUCAAAAGAAGCGAG